GGGGAAGGUGGAAGUUCACGUUCCCGACAGCAGUUUGGGGCCAGGCGUUGUAGAGGGGCCCUUUUCGCUGUCCAGAGGGAGAAAGCAGAAGGAAAACCAAACUAUUGAAGGAGGGCUGGUAAAGGGAAGAACCUUUUCUACAUCUCAGAUGAACCCAGCCUGUUGAUUGUGAUAGAAGUCAUUAACGAUGAGAGCCUGAAAAGGCACACAUACUUAUGAAAAGUAAUACAGCAGAAUUUCAGGAGGACAAAAGAGUCUUCUAUAAUCCCACCUUUUUUCUGUUUUACAGAGGCAGGGGAUAUUAUGAAAGACAAUAUUCACUUUGAAAUCAGGGCACUUUUUGUAGGCCACCCACUGAAAAUCAGGGAAAGCAGCAUUCUCCAUGUGAGUCAACAGAGAUAGCAUUUUGUGCACAGAGAUAGCAUUAUGUGAUAGGUAUUACUAGAUUGACAAUCUUUUACUGGAUUGAUGUGAUCGAAAAGGCAGGAGGAUUAAAGGGGAGCUUCCCUAAUAGUUUUAGUUCUAUGAGAGCAGGGAUAUGUGCAUUUUCUAGGCUCUCCUGUAAUUGUUGAAUGAAUGAAUGAGUGGACAUGGGAGAUUAGAGUAAUACCUGACCUUAAUUAGCCCUGCACAUUUCCUGAAGGUGUUAUUUCCAAGGAGACUCUGUGUGUAUGUGAGGAGAGAGAGAAGGAUUCCAUUGGCAGCAUUUAUAGUGGUCUGAUUUUGUAUCUAAUAUCCACCGUGAAAAAUAAACAAGCAAAAAAGAUGAAACUAUAAACAGAAGGCAAUCCCCCCCACCAACAUUUCAAUACUAUGCAAAUAUUUCAAAACAAACAAGUGAAAACCAGCCCAGUACCGGUGGCAGAGCCAUUUGCAAUCCAUACUUACCUGCCAUGUUCUGUUACUUCUAGUUCCGGUGGCCUGGAGGAGUCCUUUCCAAAUAUAAGAGGAAUAAAGAAGUCACUUCCCCAGCUGUCAUCAUCUGCCAACAGAUUGAGCAAGAAUAUUUCAAGCACUACAGAAAAGACAGUCCAUCAAACCCUAGAUGAUGAUCAGCCAUGUGAUUUUUUCAAGAAAGGGAAUCGGGUGAAUCAGUGUCAUCAGAAAAGCAGCAAUAUGAAUGCUGGCCCAUCUUGGAAUAAAGCACAACGUUCAAAAAACUCUUCAGGAAAAAGGCAGAGCAAAUCCCAGGCACCCCAGGUGUCCCCCCAUCUGCCUGUGGACAGACUCAGAGAAAGCGUUUCCCCGGAAGGCAAACCCAAAAGGAGCCCCCUGGACCCCAGGUGUCGGGGCGCCUCGGGGAACGAGCUGUUUCUCGACCUUCAGUGCAUGAAAAUCAUGAAGGAGGGCGCAGACGAGGACGAGGACAGCGCCAGCGACUUGUCAGACUCGGAGAGAGUCCCGGUGCCGCCUUCCGCGCUCGCGCCCCCGGAGCUGCACCUGCGAGCGGAGGAGAUCGAUGCCGCCGACCCGGACCCGGACCCGGACCCGCGGGGCACGCAGACCACCUACCGCUACGCGGACUUCCUCCCGGCCCCGUUCAGCUCCUGGGACCUCCGCGACCUGGCCGUGCCACCGGGCGCCGAGCCCAGGCCAGCGGCUCAGGGCGGCGCUGCGGGGCUGCUCGCCAGGUACAUCGACAGGCUGCUCCAGCUCGAGUGGCUGCAGAUGCAGACCGUGCAGGGUGAGAAGGGGAAGGGCGCCAAGGCCAGGCCUCCCACCGCCCCCGGCAUGGCGGGGGCUCUGAAAAGCCCAGGCAGAAGCAAGCUGGUGGUCAGCGCUCCCGCCAGGCCUCACCAAGAGGGGGCUCCCAAGCCAGGUGCUUCCCGAAGGAGAGACCUGCACCUCGAGGAAGCCCGUCCAUCCUAUUACGCCUUUGACACCCCCCGCAAAGCUGUCCACGUGGCGCGGAGCGGCGGACCAAGUUCGCAGAAGCCGGCCUUGGAGGGCAGGACAGAGGAGCAGAGAAAGAAAUGGAGUAAGAGCCCCAGGCCGCAGCGCCGGGACCUGCCCUGCAGUGACAGCGGCCCCCGCGCGGACAGCGGCGGUGGUGGUGCUUCGGCGCAGGCGGUGACCACCCCGGACUCCUGCGGGGCCCCCAGAGCGCAAGCUCACGGGAACCUGAAGAAGAAGGGCAGUGCCAGCACCUGCUCUCAGGCCACCAUAUCCAGUGAGAAGAAAUUCAAAACCAAUGGAGUAAAGCAAAGCACAUACAGAUUCAAAUAACAAGUGAAAUAACAAAUUGCAAAGACCCGUGGAUACCUAAACAUGAGAGCUCUUGCACAAGUCACAAUACGGUGCAUUUUGGGACAUUUUAUGAUGACUGACAUGUAAGUCGUUGACUGGCCCUUUAAGCGCAUCCCCACCCUUACCCCAGCCACACUGGGCUUAUUUCCAAACAAAGGUGUCUUUCAAUAAGCCUUUCUUUGUCUUGACUGUCUUAAGCAAGUGAGAGCCCUUUUGAGGAAAAUUUAACCAAGAUCUGUGCCAUAUAAAGAAAAUGACAGGGAAAGAAAGAGAGGUCUGAACCGGAAACAGCAGCCAGCCCACGACAUAAGGCAGGCGGUGCCGUUCAGCUCCCCACUUGCAGUGCGCCUGCGUGUAGAAAGUAGCGCAUACGUACUGCUUUGGACCCCUGUGGGAUCUGAAACGUCUGAGAUCGAGUUCUUGGUGUCCUCCUCAUGAGCUGUCCAAACAGAAGUUGUGUCCACUUCAGCCCGAGGAGAAGCUUCAGCUCUUAAGUUUGGGAGCAUCUCUUUUGAGCCAAGUUAUGUAUCACUAAGCUGCUUGCUCUUUCUAGACCAUGGAUUCUAGCACUUUCACAGUUGUUUUUUUUUCUUUAAAGUGUUUUAAAUGUCGAGGUGGUGGGGAAGUCUGCCUUUGGGGUCUUUGUAUUUGCAGACAAAGGUGCCAAGACUUUGUCCGGCUGUAAGUCAGCGGGUCUCAGCAGGACCGCUACUGUUUGGUGGGAGAUAAACAUGAACUUUUUGGCACCCUGGUGUUUCCGGCGUGUAUGGCUUCUGGAAGAAGGUGCACAGAAAAACCACCUUUUUGGAGUUUGUACAUGAAAGGCCUACAAUCAGACACACACAGAGCCACAUGUGACUGUCACAGUCAUUCCAUUACUGAUUUGGAUAUCCUGCUGUCUGUAGUCAGUAUAAGGACCUGUUUUACUUUGCAAGAGCAGGAUUUUACCACCCUGCUUCGGGGCAGAGGAGUGAGGACACAUUUCAGGAUGGAGAGGGGCAAUUGGAUAGGAAUCAUAGGGAUUACUGAGUGUCUUCUUAACAUCCUUAGCUGGUCCCUGGCUCCCUGGCUCUCCUAGAUCCUAGAUGCUGCUUAUUUAACUGUCCUUAAGUGAUGCCUGCUUGUCCAUACACUUGUGCUGUGAUACAAGUCACAUACAGAUUCAAUUCUGUUGCUACUGUGAAUAUCUUUAAAACCUUCGGUUGACUGCUGGAUAUCCAGUAUGUUUUGAUGACUGUAGCUGAUUUUAUGUCUUUAAAUGAUCACUCUCUUUGUUUUCAUACACAUGGGUUUCGAUUUUUUCACCUUUGGGGCAAACUAAAAACUUGGCUCUUUUCAUUUGAAAAUGCAUACCGGCCUGCAGGCUCCGUGGACCCUGCCAUCCAAGCGCCAUCUAAGAUGCUUUGAGUUAAUAGCCUAAGGACAAGAUGCAUUUAUAAAUAAAAUAAUCAUGGGCAGAAGUUCAAUAUUAAGGUGCCAUUUUAAAAUCUGACUUUGAUAACGUUAAACAACAUAUACACAUUUUCAAGGUCACUUUUUUCUUCCAAGAGUUUAUUUCUAGAGUUUUACAGAUUCCCUGUUAGAGUCUUUAUCUUUCACAGCACCCUGUGGGAGAAAGCAUGCUCUUCACACGAAGAUCUUGUACCUUUGGAUGUGAACAAAGACGUGCAUCCAGCGGGCAUCCCUUCCCGAGUUCUCGGUGACGCUGUCACUUCCACACCCGGUGUCUGUGUUGUAACUUGAAAACAGCGCUGAUCUUACUUCACCUUUCUGUGCUUCCUGAGUGGCACCCCGUGUGUCCUGCACCCUACCUGCUGCUCGUGAGUGCACACGGACUGGUCCUUUAUACACGGCUGGUACUGCACCUCGUGCACAAUCCUUUCUCUACUCAGAUUUUUACACAGCUCUUGAUAACAUUUCAGGGUCGAUAAAUCUCUGUAAGCACGUUAUACACACAUAUAUAUACUCCUGUUACCGAUACUAUGGGGUUUAGGCUGCGUCGCUGCCUUCUCUGGUAAUGCUCCCUUUGCGUACUCUUGGACACCCCCCAGGGUGAGGCUGUCGGGCUUCUUUGCCUCGCGUGUGUCGGAGCCAACAUGAUUAAGAAAUUUACAGGUGGCACCUGACAUGUUCCAUUUGUUCCUUGCUCUUUGACUUGAAGUCAGUUGCCUAAUUUGGGGAAUAGUUAUAAUGUCACCUGUUGAGACCGUUUUAAAAGCCUGUGAAAAUGACUUUGCCUGUUUACUUUUUUGCCUCAGGUUGAUGCUUUAUUUUAACCAGUAUUCUUGCAACGGGAUCGGGGCUCCUGAUGAACCGCAUAGGUUCACUGCAGAACGUAAGCACAAUUUGAAUUCUGGGAUUUCUGGUACACAUCCCCAGCACAGCCUCCUUUUGUAAACGCUGCAGACAGGAGUGUGGCCAUUUUCACGCAGAUGGCCCUGGCAAGUGGGAGUCGGGACCUCCUCUGGCUGGUCCGGUCGCAGCCACCGAGUGUCCUGCUAGUCUGGGGACAUGAGUCGUUCAUUCAGCAUUCAGAGAAGUGCCUCUCAUUUCUGGGGAAUUGUUUACAUCCAUGUUAUGCUUCAACCAAUUAAAAUGAUGCAAGGUAAAAAAAAAUGUAGAGAAUGUAAGAAUUAAUUGCUUCCGGCUCAGAACCAGUGGAAAAUGUAAAAACAUACAAAAACAAACUGCAAAAAUAUAUCAGUAUUAGUACAGUUAUUUAGACUGAGACUACUUCUCAAAUCUUCAACGGCUUGAUUGGCCAAAGGUUCGUAAGUGACUGGGCACUUACGAGGGCAGGGUGGGUGCCCCGUGUCAGCAAAGAUCGGGGGACGUGGUUGAUCUUAUGGCAGCUACGGGCUCAAGGGAGGAAGGUUUGGAGUGGUUCUUAAGCUAUUAGGUUAGUUUCCAGAGAAACGGAAGAAUCUUUACCUUUCAUGCUUUAAAUAUUGCCUAAGUCGUCUUUAUGCUCACCUACUUGAGUAGUUAAAAAUAUAAAACUCUAGGUAGGUGGUACUGGAUUUCACGGUAACAGAGAAGCAGUAUUUAUUAUGUAUUCACGUGCACGUACAGAGCUCCAUUUCAAAUGGCCUGACUCUGUGGGGCAUGUUUGUUAUUUGCUGUUAUAAUUAUUGUAUGCUUGGUUUUGUACAUAAUAAUACAGAGCGCGUGCAAGUUUUUGUGAGUCUGGAUUUCUUUCCUUGAGAUCAAUUAAACAGUAGGAGAUAUCGUC